CCUUGACACGACUAUUCUGACCACUCUACUAACAUCUGCUCUUCUGGUGCACCUAAAGGCUUUACGGAAUGGGGACUGCAACAGUCAUGCUGUGUUUUACUCUGAAAAAGGAAAAAUUCGACUCUGAAGAGGCACAUGAAUUAUACCAGUCUAUACCAAGUAUUUGUUUCGAAGGCACAGCCGAGCUACAAACAGUUUGUGACUGUGGUAACCAAGGUGACAAGGUGAUAACUGCAACGUCUGAUGAUGGCAGCCAUGUAGUGAUCCAUCUUUACCAUUUCGCCUAUCUUACAGUGGAUAUAACCUAUGUUGUAGACAACGUUAACUGCUUAAAACCACUAUCGCAACCGUUUAAAUCACAGUUCAUUAAAGAGCUCGAAGUAUCUAUAGCAACGUUUCUUAAAGAAAUAAUAGAAGAAUCCAAAUGCUUGUCUUGUCCAAUCAGACGAGCGCCAGGCAUCACGUGGAAUUAUGGAUACACCGGUGAUGAGCGCUUGCUCGAGACUGAUUAUGAAGAGAUUGUAUUUGAGACACAGAGUAAAUGGCAGAAUAUAAAGAUCGCCAGAUCGAGGGAAUUUGGGAAUGUUCUACUCCUGGAUGAUGAUAUAAUGCUAGGUGAGAGCGACUUAGUAUACACAGAGUCAUUGCUGGGAAUUGGAAAAAACGUCUUUAAGGAUAAGCAAAUACUUAUACUUGGUGGAGGGGAUGGGGGCAUAUUACAUGAACUGUUGAAACAGUCUCCAGCUUUUGUUCUCAUGGCGGAGAUAGACGAAGAGGUGAUAAAAGCCUGUAGUAAACACAUGAAGGCGGUAUGUGGGGACACCCUAAAGAAAUUAGAGGGUGACAACUAUAAGAUAAAAAUUUGUGAUUGCAUACAAGAACUUAAAGUGGCAGUGGAGUCAGGAACGAGAUAUGAUUACGUCAUCAACGACCUGACGGAAUUCUCAGUUGACAAGGAAAAAUACGGGUUUGGAUAUCAGUUUGAAACAAGUUGUGCAACACUUGAGUUGUCUCUAAGGGUGCUUCAACCUGGCGGAAAAUACUUAGCAAGAGGAAAUUGUCUAAGUGCCAGUAACUAUACACAACAGUUUGAGAAAGAUGUACGAGCUCUUGGUCAUAACUUCACAAGAACAGAUGUCCAUGUUCCUUCAUUCAAAGAAACAUACUGUUUGUAUGAAGUCCAAAAGCAUUGAUGUUAUGUGAGUCAUCAUCGAUAUGGGAAAAGUUAAUCCUCAGGUCCCCUUUGUAUUUUA